CUUCUUCUGCAAACACAAAACUGCCCCUCGCCGCCUCUGCACGCCGACGCGACUCCAGCUGCACCCCCUCUGAACAUGGCCGACACCGACAACGUUGCGGCCGCGGCGGCCACGACGCAGCCCGCUGAAGCCUCGCAGGCAGCCCAGCCCCAGGCCGACUCCAAGGCCGACCCCAAGGCCGACUCCACCGCCGCCCAGGGCGAGGAGAAGUGGGAGCUCAACGGCAAGUCGGACGACAAGAGCGCCCAGCGCGCCGACCGCCACGACCGCAACGGCCGCUCUGGUCGCGACAACCGUGGUGGAAGAGGCGGCCGCGGCGGCAGAGGCAAUUUCCGCGACAAUCGCAACAAGAAGCAAAACCGCGAGUUUGACGACCUCCCCGAGACAGACGAUCCCAACGAGAUCCGCGCUCAGAUUGAGUUCUACUUUUCUGCGCAGAAUCUGGCAACCGACGAGCACAUGUUCAAGGAGCUCGAGGGCCCCAAGAACAAGCCCGUCUCGAUUCACCACAUCUGCACCUUCAAGCGCAUGCGCCGCUUCAAGCCUUACACUGCGGUUGUAGACGCCCUUCGCCACAGCAACGACCUCGUUGUCGUCGACGAUGGCGAGUACAGCAAGCCCGGCAGCGAAGCUGUCAAGCGCAAGGAGCCACUGGUAGUCCCCACCAAGGAAGGCGACGACGAGAAUCCCCCCACCACGGAGGAGCUCUUCUACCGCCUGAGGAGCAACUCCUCCAACACCAUGGAGCGGAGCGCCUACGUCAAGGGAUUCGGCAACGAAGAGGAAGCUGGCCAGAUUGCCCUUGAGCAGUUCUUCCGCCCCUACGGCUCCGUCAUGGUUCGCAAGCGCCGCGAGGACGAUGGCGCCUGGAAGGGUAGCGUCUUUGUCGAGUUUGACACGGAAGACUCGCAGAAGCAGUUCCUUGCCCUCGACCCCAAGCCCAAAUUCAACGGCCAUGAGCUCAUUUUCAUGGGCAAGAAAGAAUACAUUGUAAUGAAAUGCAAAGAAAAGGGCAUCAAACCCGACUGGGAGCUGACUGAACAGGAAAAGUAUGAGCGGCGCAAGAAACAACGCGAGGCGAACGGCGACUUCAGCCGCAGCCGGGGCAACGACCGUCGUGGUGGAGGCCGUGGAGGCCGUGGAUCCAGCCGUGGUGGAGGUCGUGGUGGCCGUGGAGGCAACGACCGUCGCGACAAUCGCCGUGAUCGCUCUCCUCGCAGACGCCGCGACCGCAGCGCUUCCAACGACUCGGUCGACAGUGGUGACUGGAACAAGCGUCGCGAUCGUUUCAAGAGCGGCAAGGACGACCGCGCCAACCACAAGGAGGAGAAGAAGAAGGAGAUUGAGCGUGAUGCUUACGGUGUCCCUGUCGUCAAGGACUCGCGCACCGACACUGAGAUUGCUGCUGCCUCGAACAAGCGCAAGGCUAACGAUGACCAGAAUGGCAGCCCCAAGAAAACCAAGCUCGAGAUCAAGCAGGACGAAUAAGAGGUACUCUCGUGUUCGUUUACGGUACCUUGUCGAUCUUUGUUUAGUCGAUCAUCUUACACAAGUCUCUUUGCAUCUGGCGGCGUUUACGGAGAUUUCUCUUCAUCACUCUACACGUUCCUCCUCAUGAUACCUCUCAUGUCUAGAACGAGUCACGUUUGGGAUUUGGGCCAAAAAAAAGUCUGGUAUAGCUCACGGAUCACCACGUUGCCAAUUUAUUUCUUCCGAAUACAACGGCGGUGCUCAUGAUUCGCGUGCUUGCAAGUCUUCGUGACGGACAACCUUAGUCCGUAUCAAGUG